AUGGAUGAAAUACCGCGCAGGGGAGAUCAGGAGUUGAUGGGAGGCGACGAACAACAAACUACACCAGAGAUGGAGAAAGAUGCUCAAAGAUUAUCAGCAGAGAAAAAAGCUCAGGAGAAUGACAAAAUGAGAAGAAGAUUGGCAGAGAGCACUCAGAAGAUAUACAAGAACAAGAUUCAAAAAAUGGUGGAUAUCAUUAAGAAAGCCAGGGAAGGAGGGAAUACGAUUUUUGUGGAUGCGCUGGAUGACUCUGGACAGUUGAAGCUGCCACUUUCGUGGGCGUGUGUGAGAGAAGUGUUCAGACAUCUGACAAGAAACAAGGCUUUCACCGAGAGGAGCAAGAAACGAAAGAUUGGCCCUCAAGGCGAAGUGGAGGAUGGCGGUAGCGAUGGCAGUGACUCCGAGGCAGACGCCCAGACUUCAGAAGGAGCGUCUCAGUCGUCUCAUGCUCAAGGGCCUGACAUGUCGGUUGCAACAUUACAAGCAUACAGGAGUGCAUUGAAGGACCUGUACCUCGAGCGCAAUGUGGAAUUCACGGCAAACGGCGUUGAAGCAGCGACGGGCAUGUCUCUAGAGAAGAACUUGGACAAGAUGAUCGAAGUGUAUGCAGAAUCUACCACUGGUAGAAUAUCAAAGGCAGACAUGCGUGCGGCAGAGGGGAAACUUCAUCUGCCAGUGCAGAGUUACACGGAGAUCUGCAGGACCUUUAUUGAAUGGAAGGCAAAGAGGAAGAAUAGGGAGCCAGGGGGUACUGGUCUCUUCGUGCAUGCAGCAGCAGCAAUCUUGUGGAACUGUUGCUGUCUCAGUGAUAGUUUGGAUCUGCUGUACCUGGAACAUCUAGAUUGGGAGAACGAUUGUUUGAAAAUUACCAUGUUAAAUACCAAGAAAGAUCGCAAAGCGGCGGAUCCAGAUCUGUAUUCCAUCCGAACGACGCAUGUGUUUGCUUGUCCUACGCAACCACAGACAUGCCCUAUCUUAGCGCUGGCUCUGUACAUCAUUACACUCCCUCGCGGAAACACGUUCACGUCAAAGUUCUUCCCAGGGAAAGAGCAGAAGCACAGGUUCAACAGCGUGCUCCAGAGAAUCAUCGCUGAUAAGGCUGGUGCAGAAUGGAAAGACAUUGGUUCUAGUAGCUUCAGGAAGGGAAGCGUCACUCAUCUUCUGUCUAUUCCAGGUGGACCAAGUCCACCAUCCGUGUACCUGCGUGCAUGUUUGCCCCUUGAGACUACACAUGAUCAGUGCAUCUUGGAUGGAGGGGGAAACGACCACUACUGCGGAAGGAUAUUAGCUGGGAAUGAUUUGGCCUCGGAGUUAUUCGAAUCCCUCCCACCGCACUUCACCCAGAAUGGUUUAGAUAUGAUAGGAGCGAUUGGGCUGCACAAGUUUAUUCACGGUUACGACUUCUUUCCGAGCUGCUUCAAACGGUGCAUUCCUUACUUCAUCGCAAGCGUGGUAUAUCACUUGGAUGUGUUGCAUCAAUGGUAUCCCAGGGACAGCCCUAUCUGGGGAGCCCCAAUGUUUGGUUUUCAAGGCACCAACACUAUUGCUUUCCUCAAAUCUCUGCGAGAGCACGUGGUAACUGGCAUCGGGCAGUGCAAGGACUGCGGGAUGACUCCUACUGGCGUUCCCCCGCAUGCUCGCGCGAUGGCAGAGAAUAAGUUGGUCAGGGAAGAGAUCGAACGUUUGCAAGGCAAUCUAGACAGCGCGAUGAGGAAAAUGCCCGAGGCGGUUAAUACAGCAUUGCAACAGAGCUUUGAGAAGCAUAGCGCGAUGCUUGUUGGUGUGGAGUGUUUGAGUCGAUUCAGGAUCAAUCUGAAGAAUGACAUCUUAAAGAGCGUCACCAAGGUUUUUGAGAGUCACGACAUAAGAAGACAGGUCGUCCACAUGAAGCAGCAAUCACGAACUGACGAGGUCAAUGCACGAAUGGAGCCUUCAAAUGCUUUCCUGGUGGGAGACGCUUUUCAAUGGGACAACGGCAGAAUCGCUAUGGUCCCCCAGGAUUAUUGUUUUGUACAAAAUGUGCCGUGCAUGGAUCUUUGGAAGCGAUGGCAUACGGGCGAGCAUUGGACGGACAAGGAAGGGAAGCUGAAGCGCAUCGGCCCCUUGAAGCGUUUGAAGUUCGAAGAUCUUCAGACGAGACAGAUGAGAGCGUUCCUGUCGAAAGCGGGUAAAGUGAUGAAGAAGCUGGAAGAGUUUGGGAGGCUGUCAGGAGAGUUGAAGGAAGGGGAGGAGGUGACUUAUGAGAAUUACCAGAAAUGCUUCGACCGUGCGCUCGAGAUGCUCAUGGAGAAAAUUUACGGGAAAGAAGCGUGGAAGAAGAGCAAGGAUGAAUACGUCAAGCUGGCCUACACCACUGUAUACAACUACAUCCGGAAACUGCCCGGGGAGAACAUGCUCGACGGGGACUCGAUGAAUGCUGCUGGUCACCCGCCAGGAGUUGCGACCGAUGCAUGUGAAGUCGGGCAUGAGUGCUGGUUACGGCAACGACAUGCUGCGAGCGUCUUGGAGGAGGAUGAGAAAGAGGACAAGGACGAGGACAAGGACGAGGACAAGGACAAGGACGAGGACGAGGACGAGGACGAGGACGAGGACAAGGACAAGGACGAGGAGGAAGAAAGAUAG